CUGCGUCCAACCACUUUGUGCACCUACCCGCUGAGCAAGUAUUUUGAUUGGUGUGGCUAUCUCCGGGCGGUUAUUGUUAGGAAGUAGCCUGUAGAUUACAUUUUACCCACACAUUCAACUCAAUACCGCCGUAGGAAUGUGAUGGAUUAGAAAAAUAUGUGCCUUGGUUGUCAACAUGUUCCCCGGCGUUUUCUAUGCGCUCCUGGCGGGGUUUCUCGGGGCUGUCGCAUCUUCAUCUGCAAAGCUGUCACUUGGUGCCGAUUACCUUAAAGGUGUAUGUGAAACGGGGCUACGAUCAUGGGGAGAGCAGCGGAAAUUUAGACAACCGGACGAAACUACCGCUUGUGACUGGCUACACAUCCCCCUGAGGCUUCUUUGUGGGGGGCUGCUCUUCACUUGUAAUGCUGUGAUGUGGACAUUCCUCGCUAAGGCUCUCAGGUACUCUUCCUCCUCCACCCGAACCACUGUGACCACCACCGCUUCCAACUUCAUAUCUUCCGCCUUUUUGGGGCAGCUUAUCUUCGGGGAGACCCAGAUUGCGUUGUGGUGGGUGGGAAUCUCCCUCACGUUUUCUGGCCUCCUGGUGCUUCAGAGGGCAGCCCCCAAUGACCGAGCCAGGAAGGACGAAUGACAACCUGUCGGAAGGCACAACUAAUUAACUGAUAUAGAAUGAAACCAGUAAUGCAACCUAUAGCCUACUAUCUGUGACAAACAAUAGCAUUUCUCGGGUGAAUGGCAACUUUGGAAGGUAAAGCACUGUCAAAACAUACCAUGUAAGGAAUAUACAGUGAUUUUUCUUGUUUUAAACACUUUGACAUCAUCAGCAAUGUGUGCAUGACAUCAAUACUUGAGAACACAAAAGCUGUAUUUUGCUCACAUAUCCUAAGAUGACACUCACUGUAAACUUCCACACCAACAUUGCAUGUUCAAGGUAAUGUGUGAAUGGAAGUGGUCUCACAAAUGCUGCUACUGCUAGAUAUACGCAGAUACAGCAAACACGUUGAUAUUCUCAUAGCUUAUUACUGUAUAUUACAUGAUGCGGCUCAGAGAAUACACAUCAUGACCUUGUUAGGAACUUCUCAGUUGUAUCAUGUUUAUAGCCUCAUAUCUUGAGGACUUGACCCUUACAGAGUUUUGACAUGUUUUGUGGAUUCUGAGGAGGUUUGGCCUUGCCUGCCUUUAUAACAAAUGUCUAAUAGAAAGUUCCUAACAAGGUCUAAACCCAAUUAAGUCAAACCAAAGUACCCAAAUAUGUUGAUCCUGCCUUUUACCCAUUGUAACCACAGCAGUGUCUCUGUCAAUGCAUUGUGAAGUCAAACUGCUAUGUGGCCCAAAAAAAAUCGUAGUGACCUCAGCUGUCUGUAAAGUGAUACUGUCUAGUUCACUCAAAAAUCAAAGUUUGUCAGACAUAUUCAAACCUCAAAAGUCCAUCCUUUCCAAUUCAUUUGGAGUUGAGGCACAGAGCUGGAUCUACACAGCAGACGGCCUGGACCUCUGUACAUUAGCCCACGUCUGACCUCAACUAAAAUUUUGGAGUGAACUAUCCCUUAUUCCCUUUGGCAGAAGAGACUCAUUAUUUAAUUGACCUAAUGGGGUGUCUAAACAACAGUUACUCCAAUGUUAGGCCUUUUAAUUGAGUGUCACCAGCUGUUUGUCUUCCAGCUGUGGCCUGUAUCAUCAACAAUGUCUAUCCUAGUUUUCCAAUGCAAUUAAAAUCAGUUUGAGGUUAUCCUUGGGGUAAGGGAGGCAUCCGGUAGCACAGUCCCUCCCUCUGCAUCUUCCAAGACUUCCAAAAGGUCAAAUGUUGCUGUGGGGUUUCUAACCCAAAUACUGAAAGUAGUGUUUAUUACUAGCAUGCUUGUCCUCCAACGAUGUGUACUUCCCUGAUAUUCCUUAACACUGUGAUGUGCUAUUGUGGAAAUGGGCUUUUUGCGUAACACUGACAACGUUACCAUAGACUGGAGUUUGACUUGACAACUUUACUAUAUGAUCACACUUAGCUGUUGUUUUUUUAUACGUAUCAUAUGCAUGCAACAACCAACGGUAGCUACCUGUAUUCUGACUAUCUAUUAGACAAUGAUAUGUCUGUAUAAAUGCAGAAGAACGCACACUAUGAAAUCCGUUCUCCAUCCAGUUGCAGUACAUUACAGACUGCAGGUUUUGUAUGUAAUGUAACCUACUUCCCUGGCAAUGUGACUAUGGUAUUGAAUCAGGAUGGGAGACAUUGGUGCUGACAUUUCUCCUGUGUUCUUCAGUCAGUCUAAACAUUUACCUGUGAAGCCACUGUCACUAAGGGCAAGAGGAAUCAAUGCACUAGAGUAGUGGUUUCAUGAAAUGAUUAUUUUAUCGCCAGCCCCUGAAUGGGACAUGUUUGUAACAGUUAUACUGUAGAUAUGGAUAUCAUGUUAUAAACUGUAGAUAUUAGUUUGGGAGGUGCAUAUGACUGACUGACCUGUUAAGAUGUGUGUUCCAGAUUAGUGCAGCACUGGGGCCCUACUAGGGGGAAUAAGUAAAGGCAAUGUGUUAAACAAAAAUGCAUUAUUAAAAGAGUCCUUACUUGGACAAGCCACCUCCC